AGUGACAAACCUAUAAAAGCCAGCCAAACAACCUUUCUUUCUCUCUGUGUUAAGCUACUGCCUGUCUCAUCCCAGUCUAGAUUUUCUAUAUUUAUACUCUGCCCUGCAAGAAAACCUUGCCUUGCCUUUGUCUUGCUCUUGCCCUUUGGGGUGGAGGUGCUCUAAUGUACGCAAGCGGCAGAUGAUAAGCUCUUUCAAUUAGUCCACCUCAUUUUGAAGCUUUUGAGCAACUACCAGAGAUAGGUCGAAGACAAUGCUCUGUCAAAGUUUGAAAAGCCAACUCAACCAACCUACCUUGAGUCCAAGUUUUUGGAUCCCCUCGGCCUAUAAAAGCCACUAGGACUAUAAAAGCCAGCCAAACAACCUUUCUUUCCCUCUGUGUUAAGCUACUGCCUGUCUCAUCCCAGUCUAGAUUUUCUAUAUUUAUACCCUGCCCUGCAAGAAAACCUUGUCUUGCCUUUGCCUUGCCCUUGCCCUUUGGGGUGGAGGUGCUCUAACGUACGCAAGCGGCAGAUGAUAAGCUCUUUCAAUUAGUCCACCUCAUUUUGAAGCUUUUGAGCAACUACCAGAGAUAGGUCGAAGACAAUGCUCUGUCAAAGUUUGAAAAGCCAACUCAACCAACCUACCUCGAGUUCAAGUUUUUGGAUCCCCUCGGCCUAUAAAAGCCAGCCAAACAACCUUUAUUUCCCUAUGUGUUAAGCUACUGCCUGCCUCAUCCCAGUCUAGAUUUUUUGUAUUUAUACCCUGCCCUGCAAGAAAACCAUUUCCUCUUGGCUCUUGUAAAUUAAAGCAAUGGAGCUCCCAGCCUUCCACCCUUACCAAUAUGUCUUCCCUUCUCAUCUCAUUUAUCCAUAUCACUUGGCCCCUGAAAACUACGUCCACUGGACUGAGACCUCAGAGUCUCACAUUUUCUCUGUUGACCUCCCUGGUGUUAGGAAAGAGGAAAUAAAAGUAGAAGUAGAGGACUCAAUAUACCUCAUAAUUCGAACACAGAGAAUUGAUGAAGCCACAGAUCCCAGCAGGAACUUUAUGAGGAAGUUUCGGAUUCCGAGUAGGGUUGAUCUCGAACGGAUUUCAGCUGGAUAUGAAGAUGGAGUAUUGACAGUCACAGUGCCAAAAUUUUCAAGGAGGACUUUCUUUAUUGACCCAGCUGAUGUCCCAGAACGGCUUGAAGUUCUUGCAAGGGCUGCUUGAUUUCAAACAUGGCAAUUAUUAAUAAUUUUAUUAUUAUUAUGUUAUAAUUAGGUGCGAAGUUCUAGUACUGAUGAGAGUGAUGUUUCGUUUCCAAUGAAGGAAAUAUAACCAUAUAUGGGAAAUUGAAGAAAGAGGAUAAAACUGUGGGGCCAAAUAAUUGAAGCUGAACUGUGGGGCUUGUUUUUUGGUCUGAAAAUGGCUUUGGAUAAAGGCAUCAAUAGGCUCAUCAUUGAAAUGGACUCAGCUCUUGGUGUUCAACUUAUCCAUCAAACUGAUGUAUCUCGGUUCCACCCACUUGCUGGCUUGUUGCAAGAUUGCUGCACUCUUCUAAGGCAAUUUGAGAAUUACCAGUUACAUCAUAUCUAUAGGGAAAGGAAUUGCCUUGCUGACUGCCUUGCUAGGUGGAGCUACAACCUUGACUUAGGCAUUUGUUAUUUUGAUAAUGCUCCUGCGUGGGCUAAUGAUGUUUUGGUUGAUGACCUCUUAGGGGUCUCUCGCUCUUGUCAGGUUUCUAUUGCUAAUUUGUAGCUUUUUUUGGGGUUUUACCCCCCCCAUUUCAUCAAAAAAGAAAGAGGAUAAAACUAGUGCCAAAAAAUAUCUUACGUCACGUCCCAAUCAAACCAAACAGAUAACUUGCACAGUUGGCCACAUUUACGAAAAGGAUUUUGUUCAGUCAAAUUU